UUUCCAAAAUCAUAAGCACGUAAAAAGAUAUACAUUAGAAAUUUCAGCUAGGCUUGUGUUUGCUUCACCAGUAUAUAAACCUAGUCCUCCAUUAUAACUCUCGGCACUGCAAAACAGAGAGUAAAGUAGUGUGAUUAAGUCUCCAUUAGUUUAGGGUUUAGUGAAUGGCUUCGAAUCAAGAAACUGAUGAAUCUGCUCAAUCACCGGAGAAAAGGGUAGUAUAUAAAGAUCCGGAUGAUGGGCGCCAACGUUUCUUACUUGAACUUGAAUUUGUUCAAUGUCUCGCUAACCCCACUUACAUUCACUAUUUGGCUCAGAAUAGAUAUUUUGAAGAUGAAGCUUUUAUUGGGUACUUGAAAUACCUUCAAUACUGGCAACGGCCUGAGUACAUAAAGUUUAUAAUGUAUCCGCACUGCCUAUUCUUUCUCGAGCUCCUCCAAAAUCCAACAUUUCGUAAUGCAAUGGCGCAUCCUGCCAACAAGGAAGUGGCACAUAGGCAGCAAUUUUAUUUCUGGAAGAACUAUAGAAACAACCGGUUGAAGCAUAUUUUGCCACGGCCACUUCCUGAGCCACCAACUUCUGCUCCACCUGCAUUGCCACCAGCAAGUGUAGCGGCUCCACCUCCUGCUCCUUCACCUGUUACGGCUGCAGCUCUUUCUCCGAUGCAAUAUGCCAUCCCUCCUGGAUCUGGUCUUGCUAAAAGUGACCCAAGAAAUGCUUCUGUUGAUCGAAGAAAGAGAAACAGGAAAGAAGGGUGAUUUUCUUUUAUUCGUGACACCGACAUCCAACGAAUGAAUUCAAGAUAAGGUCCAAGAUCGCUGCAAAAUUUCGACCUUCUAUUGGUAUAGAAAUGGGUCUGAUAUUGAUUGGGUUGGUGUCACGGCAUUGAAGUAUGGAAUAGAGGGAAAGUUUAUCGUGUUUAGAAAUCAAAAAAGAAAGGAGCACAGUUAACUUGGCCCAAGAAAUUUGGGAGCACCAGUCUAUUAACUUGGUGAAACUCCUAAUUGUUGAAUUAGUAAUAAUUUAACAACUCAAAAUCAAGCAUGCCUGAUGACUGAAGUGCAGCUUAAUCUAUCUUUGCAUUCUUUAUGCACCUCCUGUGCAACUCUCGCAUCGCACUAAUGGUAUCUGAAUCAUAAAUCUUGUAAAGGAAAAAAACGUUGAUAAUAGCUUUUGGACUGUUAGUUAUUCUUUUCCCUUUGACUCUUCCAACUUCUUCUUCUGAAAGUUACAGUUACUGACUGUCAAGGGCCUAUUGUCU